AAGAAGAGAAGAAAUGAAGGCUUUGAGUAUAGCCGUAGCAGCUUUUUCAACAUUCAAUACAACUCGCCCUCGUCUCUUCACUUUCCCAAACCCUUCUACUUCUUCUUCUCUCCUUCUUCCAGCCUUCAAAUUCAAGAGAUUUUCUAUCUUCUCCGUUCAACAAUUGCCGCCGGCGUUAGGGUUUUACGCCGGAGUUACAACAAUGGGGGAGGGCUCAGCAUUUCAGCCGUUGUCAGUUCAAGUGAAGGACCAUAUUGAUUUAACGCCAAAAGAGGAGCAGAUAUUCAACCGUCUUCUUCAAGUUGUCGAGCAUUAUAAUAUGGGAACACAGCUUCGUGUUGCUGGUGGUUGGGUUCGCGAUAAGCUUCUAGGUAAAGAGUGCUAUGAUAUUGAUAUUGCUCUUGACAACAUGUAUGGACGAGAAUUCUGUGAGAAAGUGAACGAGUACUUAUCAGCAUCAGGUGAGGAAACCCAAGGAGUUGGCGUUAUCCAGUGCAAUCCCGAUCAGUCAAAGCACUUGGAAACAGAGGAUGCAUGGAUUGAUUUCGUCAACUUAAGAGCAGAAGACUACAGUGAGAACAGUCGUAUUCCCACAAUGAAAUUUGGCACAGCAAAACAGGAUGCAGAUCGCAGGGAUUUGACCAUUAAUAGCUUGUUUUACAACAUUAACAACAGAUCAGUUGAAGAUCUUACAGAAAGAGGCAUUGCAGAUCUGAAGUCUGGAAAAAUUGUCACCCCUCUACCUCCAAAACAGACCUUUUUGGAUGAUCCCCUAAGAGUUCUUCGAGCUAUUCGUUUUGGUGCAAGGUUUGGGUUUAUAUUAGAUGAAGAACUAAAGAAGGCAGCUGCAGAUGAGGAUGUGAGGGUUGCUAUUGCUGAUAAAAUUAGCAGAGAACGCAUAGGACAUGAAAUUGAUCUUAUGAUGUCUGGCGAUCAACCAGUCAAAGCAAUGACUUAUAUUGCUGACUUGAAGUUAUUUUCAGCUGUAUUUAGUCUUCCUUCUGAUUUUGAGCCAUCAAUUCCUGAUGGAUGUGAUAGGCUGUGUGUUACUUGCUUGGGUUCAGCUUGGGAGCUUUUAAGCCUUAUUGGACGCUCCUCAUUUUCUGAUGAUCAAAGGAGACUUUGCCUGUAUGCUGCUUUAUUUUUGCCAUUCAGAGAGACCAUUUAUAGAGAUAACAAAGCCAAAAAGAUUCCAGUUGUCAAUUAUAUUUUUCGCAAUUCUCUCAAGUUGAAGGCCAGUGAUGCAGAAACAGUCAUAAGCUUGCAUACUGUAACUAAGAAGUUUGUCACCUUAAUUCCACUACUCGUUUCUAAAGAAGAUAUCCAAGUUCUUGAAGUUGAUUGGAAAAGAGAUACCAUUGAGGUUCCAAUUGCUUCAAAACUUAGAAUAUUGACUGGUUUGCUACUUCGGGAAAUUAAAGAAUUUUGGCGCGUCACUCUUCUUCUAUCUAUGCAGCUACAUCCUGUUGACAUUGUGUCCUCUACAAGUUACUCAAAUGAGAACUUUGAACUGGACAAGAGUAGCGGAUUAUUUAAGACAGUAGAGAAUGCAGUAAGAACACUAGGUCUGGAGAAGGUUUGGGAAAUGAAGCCACUGGUUAAUGGAAAGGAAAUUAUGAACAUUUUGCAGAUUAAAAGUGGAGGGCCAGUUGUUAGAGAAUGGCAACAAAAAUUGUUGGAGUGGCACCUCGCACACCCUUCUGGUUCUGCUGAAGAAUGCCUUGAUUGGAUGAAGCAAGCACAGUCAAAACGUGCAAGAACCGAGUAGUUUUGAACUUCAAUCAUAUACAGUAGGAGAAGUAUUGCAUAGCUGAUGGAUGUGAGAUGUUGCUCGACUUGACCUUAUAUGCAGAGAAAGAAAUAGGAUAACAGUAAAGGAUUUUGUUCAAUUGAUGAAUAGCCAGCCCCUAAUCACUUGUUUCCUUUUGGUGCACUGAUGAGGUUUUGGUAGGUAUAGAAUAUUUGUAGAAAUUUUUUGUUGAUAUUCUCCUUAUAUACGGGAAUUUUUGUGCCCAUUGUUAAUAACUCUUAUCUUAUUUAUUUGAUUAAAAAACUGAAAGUUCAAUUC